UCAGCGCGUCUCGCCUCCGCCCAGUCAUCCUAUGCUAGAUCGCGUUGUUUUCGUCCCGCCCGCGGCACGCCGGGAGUUGUAGUCUAACGAAGCAUUUCUGCCAAUAGUGAAGGGAGAUCGAGAACUACUCGACCCAGAGAGCCGAGCGCGGGGCGGGUUUGGCUUUUAGGAGUAUCCCGCCAACAGUCUGGACCAAACAAGAACCGGCAUACAGGAACAGAGCACUUUGCUCCUCCCUCAGAAUGAAUGGAGACCAGAAAUCAGACGCUUAUGCCCAAGAAAAGCGGGAUUUCAUCCAGCACUUCUCCCAGAUUCUCAAUGUGCUGACUGAGGAGACGGGGCAGCCAGAGACAGGAGAUGCUAUUGCCCGGCUCAAGGAGGUCUUGGAGUAUAAUGCCAUUGGAGGCAAGUAUAACCGAGGUUUGACGGUGCUGGCAGCGUUCCAGGAGCUAGUGGAGCCAAAGAAGCAGGAUGCUGAUAGUCUGCAGCGGGUGCUGACUGUGGGCUGGUGUGUGGAGCUGCUCCAAGCUUUCUUCCUGGUACUGGACGACAUAAUGGAUUCAUCCCUUACCCGACGGGGACAGCUCUGCUGGUAUAAGAAGCCAGGCAUAGGUUUGGAUGCCAUCAAUGACGCAUUGCUGAUGGAAGCGUGUAUCUACCGCCUGCUGAAGCUCUACUGCCGGGAGAAGCCCUACUAUCUGAACCUGAUCGAGCUCUUCCUGCAGACUACGUAUCAGACUGAGACUGGACAGACCCUGGACCUCAUCACUGCCCCCCAGGGCGACGUGGACCUCGACAGGUUCACUGAAAAGAGGUACAAAUCCAUUGUCAAGUACAAGACAGCUUUCUACUCCUUUUACCUUCCUGUAGCUGCUGCAAUGUAUAUGGCGGGCAUUGACGGGGAGGAGGAGCACGCCAAUGCCAAGAAGAUCCUGCUGGAGAUGGGAGAGUUCUUUCAGAUUCAGGAUGAUUACCUUGACCUCUUUGGUGACCCCAGUGUGACAGGCAAGGUUGGCACUGACAUCCAGGACAACAAAUGCAGCUGGCUCGUGGUUCAGUGCCUGCAGCGAGCCUCUCCGGAACAGCGCCAGAUCCUGCAGGAGAACUAUGGGCAGAAGGAGGCCGAGAAGGUGGCCCGGGUGAAGGCGCUGUAUGAGGAGCUGGAGCUGCCUGCUGUGUUCAGGCAAUACGAGGAAGACAGUUACAGCUGCCUCAUGGGCCUCAUCGAGCAGUAUGCUGCGCCCCUGCCCCCCGCCAUCUUCCUGGGGCUAGCAUGCAAGAUCUACAAGCGGAAAAAGUAACCCAGAGAUCGCCAGGGCAGGGAGGGGAGGCCCUCAAUAAAUUAUUCUUGUUUC